UCUCUCUCCUUGGAAGCCGCCGCCGAAUCGCAGCGACAGCAAGACGAAGCAACCGCCGGGACCACGCACUCCGCCGCCGCCGCCGCCGCCGUCGUCGUCCUCCUCCUCCUCGUCGGUCGUUGACGUCCCCAAUUGUUCCAGCUCGAAAUCGUCUGCAAUGACGAAGAAGCAGCGGAGGGAGGCGGCGGCGAGGCGGCGGCGGGAGCACCAGCAGGGGCGGGAGCAGCGGCCGCACCACCACCACCACCAUCACCACCAUCGGCGGCGGCCGCUCCUGCUGCCGCCGCGGGACGAGCGGUGCGUGUCGUGCACCACGUUCAACAUCCUCGCCCCGAUCUACAAGCGCAUGGACUCCGAGAAUUGCAGGGAGAGCCAGUACAGGGCUUACUGGUUCAGCCGCAACGAGAAGAUCAUCGAUCGCCUUCUCGCCGAUUGCUCCUCCAUCAUCUGCCUGCAGGAGGUGUGGCUGGGAAACGAUGAGCUGGUCGACAUGUAUGAGAAGCGGUUGGGGGAUGCGAAUUACAGUCUGUUCAAGCUCGCGCGCACCAACAAUCGUGGAGACGGUCUUCUGACUGCUGUACACAAGAACUACUUCCAUGUCCUGAACUACCGGGAGCUGCUCUUCAAUGAUUUUGGAGAUAGAGUUGCUCAGCUGUUGCAUGUCGAAUCAGCAAUGCCUUUCUGUCAGAACCGAAGCAGCAGCUGUGUCCAACAACAGAGUCUCAUUGUGAAUACCCAUUUGCUGUUCCCUCAUGACCACAGCCUUUCAAUAGUUCGGCUGAAGCAGGUAUAUAAGAUACUUCAAUACAUAGAAGCUUAUCAGGAAGAACAUAAACUUGGUCCAAUGCCGAUCAUCCUAUGUGGUGAUUGGAAUGGAAGUAAACGUGGGCAAGUUUACAAGUUCCUCCGUUCGCAGGGCUUUGUUUCGUCGUACGACACUGCUCAUCAGUACAGUGAUAGCGAAGAAGAUGCACACAAGUGGGUGAGUCAUCGGAAUCAUAGAGGAAACAUCUGUGGAGUUGAUUUCAUAUGGCUUCUCAAUCCAAAUAAGUCGAGGAAACCCCUGAAAACUAGCUGGAAUGAAGCUGUCUUUGGUAUCAUCAAGUAUCUUCUCCUCCAAGUAGCAUCCCUUUCAGAGGAAAAUGCAUUCGCACUCCUCAAGGCUGACAGUCCUGAUGAUCACAUCUCAUAUUCAAGCUUCUGCCAGGCACUUUGUCAGUUAGGAAUGGUCCAUCCUGAUCGUCUAAAUUCUGAAGAAAUUAAAGAUCUAUGGAGUGAAGCUGACCAUGAUGGUGAUGGUGUUGUUGACUACAAAGAAUUUCAGCGAUGCAUCUGGAGCCCUACAUGCUGCAGCCAAGAGGAGGAGGAGGAUACCGAAAUUGACAUCUCCGAUGGAAGCCUUGUCACGUUUGAGGCGAACGACGAAGCCUUUGGCUUUACUGUGAAGGAAGCUGUUCUCUUCCCCCCAGAAGUAGAGAAGGGCAUGUGGCCUGAGAAUUACAGCCUUUCAGACCAUGCUCCCCUCACGGUGGUGUUCUCGCCAGUAAGAAUGCCUUGCUCUCCGCGCACUCCUCGGACCCCCUAGCCAUCAAAUUGUCUAUACUUACGUACAUACAGAUACAAGCCUUUGUACAGCCUUAGGAUAUACUUUGAGAAAUAGUGAGAUAUACGCCAGAUCCAGAAGUUUUGGUGCCCUUCUCUUUUGUUUUAUUCCUUCGCCUUGAGUUGCUGUCUGUUGUAUGUAUCUAAACCGGGUUUCAUGUUCAUAAAUGUAAAUUUUGUUCUGUCUUUGUGUGUAUAUUCCAUUAUGU